CAAAGCCAAACACAUCGAGACAGAGAGACGGUGGCGUUGAAAAAAGUAGCUCUGCGAAGACUUGAAGAUGGAACUCCAAACCAGGCCCUGCGAGAAAUCAAAGCCCUGCACGAGACUGAGGACAAGCAGUGUGUGGUGAAGCUGAAGGACGUCUUCCCCCACGGCACAGGCUUUGUGCUGGUGUUUGAGGACAUGUUGUCAGAUCUGUCAGAAGUCAUUCAGAAUUCCCAGCGUCCUCUCACUGCAUCCCAGGUCAAAGGUUACAUGAUGAUGCUUCUGAAAGGAGUGGCUUUCUGCCACGAGAACUCCAUCAUGCACCGGGAUCUGAAGCCUGCAAACCUUCUAAUCAGCUCGACGGGUCAGCUGAAGAUCACUGACUUCGGUCUGGCCAGGCUCUUUUCCAAUGAAGGAGAUCGUCUGUACAGUCACCAGGUGGCCACCAGAUGGUACAGAGCGCCAGAACUUUUGUAUGGUGCCCAGAAAUAUGAUGAAGGAGUUGAUCUCUGGGCAGUGGGCUGUAUUUUUGGGGAGCUGUUGAACAACUCUCCACUUUUCCCCGGGGAGAAUGACAUUGAGCAGUUGUGCUGUGUGUUACGAGUGCUGGGAACUCCCAACCACAAAGUUUGGCCAGAAAUAACGGAACUACCAGACUACAAUAAGAUCACAUUUAAAGAAAACCCCCCCAUUCCUUUGGAGGAGAUCAUGCCUGACACGUCACCGCAAGCUGUGGACCUGCUGAAGAAGUUCCUCGUCUAUCCGUCCAAACAGAGGAUCAGUGCUAGACAGGCUUUGCUCCAUCCGUAUUUCUUCACAGACCCUCUCCCGGCUCAUCACUCAGAGCUGCCCAUCCCUCAGUGUGGAGGAAAGCACUCCAGACAGCGCAUGCAACCCCCUUAUGAAUUCACAGUGGAUCGACCUUUACACGAGAGCUUGGUGGACCCCAGUCUGAUCCAGAGACAUGCGCGGAGCUGUUUAUGACAGCGGUAUGAGCAGAAAUGUAGGGCUUUGUACUUUGUU